GUUAGUCGCUAAUUGGCAUCCACACGAAACGCGGGCUCUGAGCCACAGCAAUCCACAGUUUCGCGCAUUCCGAUUCAGAUCCAUUCCGAUGGCCUGUUAAACAAAUCUGCGCCUCAAGCUGAGCUGUGAUAUAAAUAGGAAUCGGAACAAUAGUACACCCCAUCCCCAGCAAGACCUCCUAAAUUGCCCGUGUAGUAUUUCAAUCUGCGUCUUGUGCAAAUGCAUUGCCUCCAGUUCGUCGCUUUUGUCGCGUGGUGCGGUGGCCUGAUCCCAGGAAGCUGGACGGCCACCCUCCAGCCACCGCCACUGAUCCAGACCCUCAGCGCUGGCAGUGACAUUGGGCCAGAGUUCAGCCUGGACCAGCAGCCCCAGACACAGGAGCCCGAAGAUGCACAGUUCUGGCGCAAGGUGGGCCUGAAGCAGCUGGAGAAGACCAUCGACCAGGCCAAGCGGGCCGAUGACCACUCGUACGCGAAGAAGGCCCGCAACAUCAUCAUCUUCAUUGGCGAUGGCAUGGGCGUGUCCACGAUCAGUGCGGGACGCAUCUACAAGGGCCAGUACCUGAAGCACGGCCAUGGCGAGGAGGAGACGCUCUCCUUUGACAACUUUCCCAAUACAGGAAUGGCCAAGACGUACAACGUGGACAAGCAGGUUCCGGAUUCGGCAGGCACGGCCACGGCACUGUUCACCGGAAUCAAGACGCACUACGGAGCCAUUGGCGUGGAUGCCACUCGCUCCAAGGUGGAUGCCAGGCAGGGGCGCGUUGAAACGAUCAUGGAGUGGGCCCAGAAGGAGGGCAAGCGCACGGGAGUGGUGACCACAACGAGAAUAACCCAUGCCACGCCUGCGGCCACCUACGCCCACAUCUACGAUCGCGACUGGGAGUGCGAAACGGAGGUGCCGGAAGGAUCGGUGGGCAUCCACGUGGACAUUGCCCGGCAGCUGGUGGAGAAUGCCCCAGGCAACAGGUUCAAUGUGAUUCUGGGCGGUGGCAUGUCGCCCAUGGGCAUCCUGAACGCCUCCGAGGUCAGGCGGACCAAAUUCGAGGGCCCCACCGAAACGAUCUGCAGUCGCAAGGAUAGGCGCAACCUUCCCGCCGAGUGGCUGGCGCACCAUUCCGAGGACAAAGUGCCACCAGCACUGGUGCACAAUCGGGAUGCUCUGCUGGCUGUGGACGCGAAGAAGGUGGAUCACUUGAUGGGCCUGUUCCGGAACAAUCACAUCACCUACUCGAUUGCCCGGGAGGUGGGCGAACCGUCGCUGCAGGAUAUGACGGAGACGGCUCUAAAGGUGCUGGAACGCGGCGACGAUUCGCCUGGGUUUGUGCUCCUCGUCGAGGGCGGGCGCAUCGAUCAGGGCCACCACAUGAACUACGCGCGGGCCGCUCUGCACGAGGUGUACGAGUUCGAUCUGGCCAUCCAGGCGGCCCUCAACAUGACCGAUGCCGACGAGACGCUCAUCCUGGUCACGGCGGACCACUCGCAUGCCGUCACCUUCAACGGCUAUGCGCUGCGCGGCAACGACAUCCUGGGCGCCUCGAACCUGCACGAGAAGGCGGACCCCAUGGUCUACGAGACCAUCUCGUAUGCCAACGGGCCCGGCUACUACGAUCACCUGGCCAACGAUUCGCGGCCCGCGAACAGCUCCAACAUGUGGAUGCCCCUCAAGCUGUACACCGAGGAGGAGCGCAGGGCCCCCACCUACCGCCACCUGGCGUCCGUGCCGCGCAAGGACGAAACGCACGGCGGCGAGGAUGUGGCCGUGUUUGCCUCCGGCCCCGGCUCCAGCCUGGUGCGCGGCGUCUUCGAACAGAACUAUGUGGCGUACGUGAUGAGCUAUGCCGGCUGCAUGGGUCCGGCCAAGCACUUCGACGACUCCUGUGAGGAUCGCAAAGAGAAGAAGCCGAUCAACAGCAGUGCUGGCAGCGCCGGCAGCGCUUUGCGAGCGGCCAUUCUUCCCGUUCUGGCUGCCGCCUUCCUGCGCGGACGCCUGCUGUAAUUGUUGUUGAUUUUAGUUAGUUUUUACGGAUUGUGUAGUUAACAGUAGUACAAGCGGAGGAGACGAUGCGAAAAGGUGUGCAAAUUACCAAAUAUUAAACACUUAAACAUAAAAUGAUUUCGUUUAAAUUAGCAACCGAAACACUUGUUGCGCCUCAGCAGACAGCAAGAGCGUCGAUAGCUGCACAACGAAUAAAUCUGUUAAAUUACGUUA